CAGAGAAUCUUUUUCCUCUUAACAGUUUCGAGGGAGAGAGAAGCCAUCUGCGGGACAGAGUUGCUUUCUUCUUCGCUUUUUUUGGUGGGUUGGGUUCUCUCGUCCGCCGCCGCUAAUAAUAGAACCCAGUGAGAGCGAGAGAGAGAAAAGGCGAAGGAGAGAUGGAUUCACCGACUUCGACGGCGACUUCAACGGCGGCGGUCGAUUCGUCGACGACGGCGACGGUCGAUUCGUCGACGUCGACGAGGAUCGUGGGGUCGAGAUCUUCGAUGAUCGAUUCGAUCCGUGGGUGCGGGCUGUCCGGCGCCAGAAUCGACAAGGAAGUGCUGAGGAAGAAGCUCGUCAUGCCGGAAUACCUCCGGCGAGCCAUGGCCGACGCGAUUAGGUCGAAAGACGGGGCGGAGGCCUGCGAGCGCCACCACAACAGCGGCGAACUGAGAGUCCCCGAGGACGCGCCGCAAUGCCCCAUGGUGGUGUUCGUCAAUUCGAAGAGCGGUGGCCGCCAUGGCCCCGAACUCAAGGAGCGGCUCCAGCAGUUAAUGAGCGAGGAACAGGUUUUUGACCUCUCAGAUGUGAAGCCUCACGAAUUCGUGAGAUAUGGACUGGUAUGUAUAGAGAAGAUGGCCAUCCUUGGUGAUCUUUGUGCCAAAGAGUGUCGGGAGAAAAUGAGGAUUAUGGUUGCUGGAGGAGAUGGUACAGUUGGUUGGGUAUUGGGAUGUCUAGCAGAACUUCACCAAGAGGGAAGACAGCCGGCUCCUCCGGUUGGGAUCAUUCCACUCGGUACAGGCAAUGACUUGUCGAGGAGUUUCGGUUGGGGAGGUUCAUUUCCUUUUGCUUGGAAAUCAGCUAUUAAGCGAUCUCUUGAUAGGGCCACUGCUGGGCCUGUUUGCCGUCUUGAUAGUUGGCAGGUUGUGAUUUCGAUGUCCGAAGGGCAAGUUGUCGAUGCUCCCUAUUCCUUAAAGGCUACUGAAGAUUGCCAGCUUGAUCAGGAUUUGGAAGUUGAGGGGCUGUUGGCUGAGAAAAUGGCUUGCUAUGAAGGAGUAUUUUAUAACUACUUCAGCAUAGGUAUUACCUUGUGUUAUUUGUAUGCCAUUGGGAAAUUUGUCUGCUCAAAUCAUUUCAGUCAACGAAGCUUAACUUUUUGCUAUGUGCCUACAGGGAUGGAUGCCCAAGUUGCUUAUGGCUUUCACCAUUUACGUAAUGAAAAACCUUACCUUGCACAAGGUCCCAUUGCAAAUAAGAUAAUAUACUCUGGUUACAGUUGCACCCAGGGCUGGUUUCUCACUCCUUGCAUUAACGAUCCCGGUCUGAGGGGGCUCAAAAAUGUCAUCAGGAUGCACAUUAAAAAGGUUAAUUGCUCAGAAUGGGAACAGAUCCCUGUUCCUAAAAGUGUAAGAGCGAUAGUUUGUUUGAACCUUCACAACUAUGGAAGUGGGAGAAAUCCAUGGGGCAACCCAACUGCUGACUACUUGGAGAAGAGGGGAUUCGUAGAGGCUCAUGUUGACGAUGGUCUCCUAGAAAUUUUUGGUUUGAAACAAGGGUGGCAUGCCUCAUUUGUGAUGGUUGAACUCAUAUCCGCGAAACACAUAGCCCAGGCUGCAGCGAUUAGACUGGAGAUAAGGGGAGGGGAAUGGAAAGACGCGUUUCUCCAGAUGGACGGUGAGCCAUGGAAGCAGCCGAUGAGCAGGGAGUACUCGUCGUUUGUAGAAAUAAGGCGGGUACCUCAUCAGUCAGUUAUGAUCAGCGGCGAGUAACAUGACCUCCGUAAAAGCAAAGAAAAACCCAGUAGCUCUGUUAAGGGGAAGAUUUGUUAAAUAUUCUUGUUAAUAUUGAUGGGGUGGAAGGAAGGGAACGCUGAUAAAACUGUGUAACACGACAAAAGAAAAAAAUGGUAGUGUCCAUCUGCUGAACCAAAAUUUGUAACCAUUUCUUUACUCUUUCCCUCUCCAGUGCGAGUGCCCCAGUGUGUGUGUGUGUGAUUUUAGCCUAGCCUCCUGCCUACUGGCAUUCCAUUGUAUCGAUAACUCAUUUGAAAAGUAGGUGUGAAUGAUCACUUUCUCCAGGCUAAUCGUGUUGAAAUAUAACUUCAUCUUCUGGUUUCCAUCCUGGUAGAUUUCAGUUUACAUCUUCUGGUUUCCAAACUAGGGCUGCACAAUGAUUCGAUCCAUGAAGCAAGCACUGUGU